AGCUACCGCCCGCUCCUCCUCCUGCCUCCGAGUGCAAGUGCCACUCCCCAGUAGCCACGCCGCAGCUGUAACGAGCCGAGCGCGAUUCGUUCACCAUAACCCAAUUGACCGCGUCCCGCGCAAGCCUCUCCUCUUCUACUAGUAUGGCCCCGACGCCCCGCAGUCCGACCGCGCACUUUCAGCGCUUCACGCCGUACAGCCCGAAGCGCCCGUCGCUUGUCGAGCACGAACUCUACGUCGAGGCGCACAGCCGCGGCAGCGACAGCAUCGCGACCGACCCCGUCACGUUCGACGAGCAGUUCCACCUGCAGCUGCGCCUCGACGACGACGAGGUGGCGACGCGCUAUGAGCCGUUGACGCCGCGCGUCUCAGACGAGUGGAGCGACGACGAAGUCAACAUGUUUCUCAAUUUGUACUUGGACACACGGCGGGCAGCGGCGUAAGAAGCGCCAACUCGAUGCAUGUUGCUCGUCUGUAACCUAAGCUAAUCCUAAGUUAUUCUUGUCCGUUGAUGUCUGA